AUUUGUAUAAAUAUUGUUUUAAAAUAAAUUAAACGACAAAAAUAAUAAUUUAUAUUUAAUAACUAUUUAAUAAUCUUUUUUUUAUUUUUAUUUUUUAUUUAUAAAUAUUAGUAAUAUUAUUAUAUAUCAUUACAUUUAAAAAACACAAAAAACCCCACAUAAAUAAAUAAUUUAUAUAUACCCAAAAAAAUGAGCUAUCCACCACCAAUUGGCGAUUCAAUUAAAUUAAAGGUUCAAGUUUCAAAUAAUGAAGAAGAGGCCUAUACAAAUAGAGCUGUUUUAAACAUGGCCUCAUUUAGAUUUUUAUUCCCAAAUGUAACAGAUAAACAAUAUUCAACCAACACAAACUAUAUUAAAUUAAGAGCUGGUGCUUUCGAAUACAUUUUAUCAGCAUCACCAAACUCAUCAAUGAAAUCAGAUUCAAUUGCAUUAUCUAAAGCAUUAAGAGGAUGGAUGAAUUUAAGUAACAACGAAGAAGUUUAUGUAGAAUUUUAUGACCCAAAUCCAAAUCUUUGUGGACAAAUGACAUGCAAAGUCGAUUAUUUAAGUAAAGGUAAAACAGGUCCAAAACAAGAUGCUGGAGCAAUUAUUGGAAAAAUCAUUGAUAAUUUUAAUAGCCAAUUCUUUACAGCUGGUCAAGUAUUUUAUAUCAAAAACAAUUCUUUUAUUUUUGAAUUAAGAGUUGAUGAAGUUAUUGUAUCACCAGGUGUUAAAUCAUCAGAUAAAGAUAAAGGUUGGGCUAUCAUUUCACCAGCUACAAAUAUUAUUUUACUUAAAAGUCCAGGGUCUUUAUUAGAUAUCGAAACCAAUGGCCCAUUAGUUGUUAAUAAAAUUUUCACAUCUGAUUGGGACUUUGAAAAUAUGGGUAUUGGUGGUUUAGAUGAAGAAUUUAGAGAUAUUUUUAGACGUGCUUUUUCAUCACGUAUUUUCCCACCAGCUAUUGUUAAAAAAUUAGGUGUCAAUCACGUAAAAGGUAUGUUAUUACAUGGUCCACCAGGUACUGGUAAAACUUUAAUUGCUCGUCAAAUUGGUAAAAUGUUAAAUGGUAGAGAGCCAAAAGUUGUUUCAGGUCCAUCCAUUUUAAAUAAAUAUGUUGGUCAAUCUGAAGAAAACAUUAGAAACUUAUUCAGGGAUGCAGAAAUGGAACAAAAAGCAAAAGGUGAUGAUUCAGGUUUACAUAUUAUUAUUUUCGAUGAAUUGGAUGCAAUUUGCAAACAAAGAGGUUCAAGAAGUGGCGACUCAGGUGUAGGUGAUUCAGUAGUUAAUCAAUUGUUAACAAUGAUUGAUGGUGUAGAAUCAUUAAAUAAUAUUUUAGUUAUUGGUAUGACCAACAGAAAGGAUAUGAUUGAUGAAGCCUUACUUCGUCCAGGUAGAUUAGAAGUUCAUGUUGAAAUUUCAUUACCAGAUGAACAUGGAAGAGAACAAAUUUUCAAGAUUCACACAGCCAAAAUGAGAGAACAAAAUGCUCUCGAUUCAGAUGUCAAUUUAGCUGCCUAUGCUCAUGACACAAGAAAUUAUAGUGGUGCUGAAAUUGAAGGUGUUGUUAAAUCAGCUGCCUCCUAUGCUUUCAGUAGACAAGUAGAUACCAAAAAUAUUAAAAAAGUAGAAAUUAAACCAGAUGAAAUUAAAAUUUGUGACCAAGAUUUCAGAAGAGCUAUUCAUGAAGUUCCUCCAUCAUUUGGUGCCACUGACACUCAAUUCGAAAACUAUGCUGAAAAUGGUAUCUUUAACUAUGGUCCAGUAUUCGAUAAACUUUUACAAAGUGGUAAUGCAUUUGUAGAGCAAGUAAAGAAAUCCAAUAGAACUCCAAUGAUGUCUGUACUUUUACAUGGUAAACCAGGUUGUGGUAAGAGUUCAUUAGCCUCCACUCUUGCUAAAGGUUCAUUAUUCCCAUACAUCCGUAUUAUCAGUCCAAACGAUUUAAUUGGUUAUAAUGAAGCUUCCAAAGCAUCUAAAAUUACUAAAAUCUUUGAAGACUCUUAUAAAUCACCACAAUCUUGCAUUGUUGUCGAUGAAAUUGAACGUCUUAUCGAAUAUGUUCCAAUUGGUCCACGUUUUUCAAAUCUCUUACUUCAAACUUUAGCAGUAUUAUUCAAAAAAUCACCACCAAAAGGUCGUAAACUUUUAGUUAUUGCCACAACCUCAAACCCAGAUAUCCUCAGAGAUAUGGAUAUAACCGAUUCAUUUGCAACUGCCCUUAAUGUACCAUCAAUUAGUAACAGUAGUGACUUUAAGAAUGUUUUACUUUCACUCGAAUUUACUCAAAAAGAAGCUGAAGAAGCCUCUUCCUAUUUCUCAGCCCCAAUUACAAUUAAACAACUCAUCAUGAUUGUUGAAAUGGCAAGACAAGAAGAAGGAAGAUUAGUCGAUAAUUUUAGAUCAUGUUUAGAAGAUUUUAAUUUAAGAAGUUUUUAAAAAAUAAAGAAAAGAAAAUAAACUAUAAAAAAUAAAAUAACCAUAAAAUUAUGGUUAAAUUUUAUAAAUAAAACAAUACAUUUACUUAUUAUUUAUUUU